UGAAUGACGCUUGCCGUGUAAAUGAUUGGAGGGGUAGAAUAAGCGCUCAUUUUACAAUUUAGCUUAAUUCAGGGAAAAUAAAACUACAAUGCGGUUUCGGGCGAAAAUAGUGGAUGUGGGCUGCUUGAAUCAUUUUACCCGUGUAGUGAAUACCAUCUCCAAACUGGCAAAGGUUUGCACUCUUCGUCUGUCAACAGAAAAAUUGUAUUUCAUUCUUUCUGAUAAAGUUGCAAAUGGAGGAGUGAGCAUGUGGUGCGAGUUAUCUCAGGGGAAUUUUUUUGAUGAGUUUCAGAUGGAGGGAGUAUCUGCUGAUAACAAUGAGAUCUAUCUGGAGCUGUCUCCUGAAAACCUUUCUAGGGCUUUGAAAACUGUACAGGCUGCCAAGGCAGUAAAAAUCAAGCUGACAAAGAAACAUUGUCCCUGUAUCACGCUAGCUGUGGAACUGCCAUCAUUAUCCAUCAGUAGUCGUAUUGUCACUCAUGACAUUCCUGUGGGUGUCAUCCCCAGGAAACUUUGGAAUGACUUCAGAGAGCCUGGUUUGCCAGAUUUUGAUGUUAGCAUUUAUUUGCCUCCACUGAAGACUAUAAAAAGUGUUGUGGAGAGAAUGAAGAACCUUAGCAACUUUGUAGUAAUUGAAGCAAAUCUAAAUGGAGAAAUGAAUCUGAAAAUUGAAACAGAUUUGGUAUCUGUUGCAACUCAUUUUAAGGAUCUUGGAAAUCCCCCAUGGGUCAAUGAAGAUGGGACACAAGGCUUUUCCCGGGCAAGAGUUCCAGAGAGCAUGGCAGAAGCCAGAGUUGACAUCAAAAAGCUGUUGCAGUUUCUUGCAGGACAGCAAGUAAAUCCAAGCAAAUCAAUAUGCAAUAUUGUCAGCAAAAGAAUUGUCUACUUCAUUCUACUUCAUGAAGAUGUUUCUCUUCAGUACUUCAUUCCUGCACUGGCAUGAAUUUCCCAGGAAAAUAAUUGAAACAGUUCCUCUAACUGUGCUGUUUAAUUUUCCCCAUUCAACUACUGUGUAUAAUUUACAGCAAAGGAUUCCAGGCUGUUUUGCUACAUUAUGACUGCAAUUUCUUUGGUUGCUAAGAGGUUUUGUUGUUAUCUCUUUGGUAAUAAAGAUGGAAAGAUAUGUUGGAUAUAA